GUGGAUAUUUUGAUGUCCAGGGACACGGACAGUCCCGUUUUUCCCCGUGAAUCAGACGCCGUGGCCGAGUGGCUGGCCAGCAACCAAACCUUCCACCUGAUGAGAGACCACCCCGCUCACUGUCGCUUCUUUAUGGGCUGUUGUUGGGGAGUGAAACUCGGCCAAGAUCGCUCCGCCAUCGCCGCCCAGGCCGAGAAAAUGUUGCGUGAAAAUCACUCGCACAAAUACAACUACGACCAGAAAUUGCUGGACAGAUUCUAUCAGCCGAUGGCUGUCAAAAGCAUGAUGGCGCACGACAGCUACUGUUGCCAAGAUGUUCAAUUCCCUAGCCAGCCGUUUCCGAGCCCGAGGCAAAACCGCAUGUUCGUCGGCUGGAGGGAAGUCGGCAAAGACGGUGAGAAUCUGACCGAUCCGUGUCCCGAAAAGUGCCGCCCGCAAAACCUGACCGCGGGGACGUUUGCCGCAGUCGAUUGGACUUUCUGUUGAUG